AUGGUGCUGAUAUAUGACUAUACGCGACGUGUGAUUUAUUUUCGCGACGUCGCAGUGCUUUGAUAUGUUGCUUUUACGGAUUCCUGAUGUUGCUUAUUGCUUGUGGACAGUUGCUACGCGAUAUUCCCGGAUUUCUCUGCUUACGCUUGCUAGCUCAUUACGGACUUGCUAUCCGUACGCAAUUGCUUCUUCACACAGUUACGGUACUCGAGGCAAUCAGAGGCGACAAAUGGAACAGAUACAGGAACAGAUGGCUGAAAUGCGAGCUCAACUUAUGGAACAGAUGAACACGCAGAUGACUCAAUUUAUGGAGGCGUUGGCUAACGUCACCAGAGGUCAAGAGGAUUUGAGAGUUCUCGUCGAGAAUUCUAGGAGAACUGAGAAUGUUGGAGGACAAUAUGGGUUAUAUGAUGACGUAUCCGGACGGAUUGAGAACAACCAUGAUGAGAACGAGUUCAGGCAGCCUGCCCACGUGCCUUAUAAUCCUUUCAACCAGAAUCAGGGGUUUCCGCCGCCGCCUCCGUCUCGUCUCCUUGGAGGAAGAGGUCAUCAUAAUCGGGGAAAUCAAGACUUUGAUUUCGAGAAUGUGGAUCAACUGUCGAGGCACAGUGCUGAAGGUGUGCAGGAUGAUGGUGGUAAGAUUCGUCUGAUUGAGGAACGUCUCCGAGCUGUUGAGGGUAAGGGUGUGCUUGGUAUGGACAUCACUGAUCUAGGAUUGGUUCCUGGCGUAAGGGUUCCUCCAAAGUUCAAAGUGCCGAUUUUUGAUAAGUACAAUGGGGCUACCUGUCCCAUGACGCAUGUCAAAGCGUACUAUCGCAAGAUGUCAGUUUAUUCAGAGGACGAAGGUUUCUUGAUGCACUUCUUCCAAGAUAGUCUUGCUGGGGCUUCCUUGGAGUGGUACGUUCAACUCGAGCGCACUCAUAUCCAUUCUUGGAGAGAUCUUGUCGAAGCUUUCAUUAAGCACUAUCAGUACAAUGUUGAUAUGGCGCCCAACAGGACUCAGUUGCAAAGUUUGGUUCAGGGGUCUAAAGACUCUUUCAAAAAGUACGCUCAGAAAUGGCGUGAGUUAGCCGCAAGAGUUCAACCACCUAUGACUGAGCGUGAGAUGAUCGAUAUGUUCACAAGUACUCUAUCUGGACACUAUUAUUUGGCUUGCAGUGCUUCAGCCAACUUUUCUGAGAUGAUGAGAUAUGGCGAACGUGUUGAAAUGGGUCUAAAGAUGGGGAAAAUUCAGUUAGGAGCUUCUUCUAAUACUCCUAGUGGUAAGAAACAAACUGAGGGUUAUGCCAGAAGGAAGAAAGAAAAUGCGGAUGCCAUAUAUGGGAGAAGGGGUUCAGGAAGAAACAAUUCACAGGUUAAUGCUGUCAUGAUCCCAGUGCCGCAACAACAACAGCAUCUGCAGGGACAUCGUUCCAAUAAUGAUCGCUAUCCUCCCAGGACCAGGCCUCACCGAAAGAUUGAUCCGAUUCCUAUGACCUAUGCUCAGGUGUUGCAACAUUUGCUCAAGAUUGAGAAGAUUACUUUGAGAGAUGCUCCGAAUGCUCCGGACACACAAUCUCCGAAUUACAAUGUGAAUGCGUGGUGUGCUUUUCAUUCCGGUGCUGCUGGACAUGAUACAGAGAGGUGUAUUGCGUUGAAGAAUAAAUUCCAGGACUUGUUGGAUCAAAAGAUAAUUCAGUUCACUCCUACACCCAAUAUUGUCAAUAAUCCGAUGCCUACUCAUGGAGGUUCGGGUGUGAAUGCCAUUGAGAGUGAAGAGACAAGUGUUGUAUCUGAUGUGGGCUGUUUGACUUUUCCUCUGGUGUCUGUGAAGCAACAUCUGGUCAAUAGCGGCAUCUUCCCGGGUUGUGGUGUGGAUUGUGAGAAUUGCAAGAGUCGGCCUGAAGGUUGUGCUGAUUUAAAAAGUAUGGUACAAAAACUGAUUGAUGAGGGUCCUCUUCAAUUUUAUCGAAGGUCGAGAGGUGCGAAAAGUGAGAGUGGUGAAGUGUCUGUGAUUUCAAUUCCUUAUGAGCCGGUUGUUCCAAUCUGUAUCCAAGUGCCUAUUCAGAUACCUGUUAGUAUCCCAUAUGAGGAGCAACCAGCGGCGUUGAUGAUUACCGUGCCAGGGCCUAUUCCAUAUGAGAGUGAGAAAGCCAUCCCUUGGCAUUAUGGUUCAGAUGUGUAUUACUAUGGCACGAAGGAGGAGGGCGAGCUCUCCGAAGAGAAGUCUGUGGAAGCCGCAGUUGCAAACACUGAUAAUUUUGCCGGUACUGGUAGAAUCACUCGCAGUGGUAGGGUGUUCUCCCCUCAGCCAAUACAAAACAAUGCAGAUGCUUUGGCUAAGGCCAAAGGCAAACAAGUGGUGACUGAUGUCCAGAAUUCUCCGAUUCAUAAUGGGCCACCUGAUAGUGCUGUGCCUUCCAAGGAUGUGGAAGAGUUGUUGAGAAUCAUCAAGAAGUCUGAUUACAAAGUUGUUGAGCAGUUGGGUCAGACCCAGUCAAAGAUUUCCAUCUUGCAACUGUUGAUGUGUUCAGAAGGUCAUAGAGAUGCUCUCUUAAGAAUUCUGAAUGGUGCUUACGUCCCGCAUGAAAUAUCUGUGAAUCAGCUAGAGGCGGUAGCCAAUAAUAUCUCCGCUGGAAAUGGUUUGGGAUUUACGGAUCAUGAUCUUCCUCCAGAAGGGAGAAACCAUAACAAGGCUUUGCAUAUUUCGAUUGAGUGUAAGGGGACGACCUUGUCCCGUGUUUUGGUUGAUACUGGGUCUUCUUUAAACGUGCUUCCCAAAUCAGCUCUAAUGAGAAUUGACUAUGCUGGUGUGGAGUUAAGGCCUAGUGAAUUGGUGGUGCGCGCGUUUGACGGUUCAAGGAGGUCUGUGUUCGGAGAGGUAGAUCUACCAAUCCAAGUGGGUCCUCAGAUCUUUACCACAACCUUUUAUGUGAUGGAUAUUCAACCCGCUUACUGCUGUCUGUUGGGACGACCAUGGAUUCACAAGGCUGGUGCUGUGACAUCCACUCUUCAUCAGAAGUUGAAGUAUCCGGUUGACGGUAAAGUGGUGACGGUUUGUGGUGAAGAAGAUUAUAUCGUGAGUCACUUGUCCUCUUUCCAAUAUGUAGAGAUCGAAGGUGAAAUACAUGAGACGCCGUUCCAAGCGUUUGAGGCUGUGAAUGCUGUGAAAACCCCUCUUUGUGAGUUAAAGAAGCCGGAAACGAUUAUGUCUUCCUUGAAGGAUGCACAGGUGGUUGUGGAAACUGGUAAAAGUGAGGGGUGGGGACAGAUGAUUGAUGUGCGCCCUAAGUUCAAUAAAAAUGGUCUCGGUUUCAACCCUGGUAGGCAAAGCUUUACGUCUCCAACAUCAAGUUUCACUCCAGUCAGGUUUGUGAGGGGUGGCGUCAUCCAAGAUGGUAAGGUCAAUGCCAUUGUCAAGGGUGAAGAGGUGGAUAGUGACUGUGAUUUUGAUAGCUGGAUCCGCCCAAGUAUUCCUGGAACAAAGCUCAACAACUGGACAAUUGAAGAUGUCAUUCAAGUCACGCAGGCUCAGGAGUAAUUUUCUUGUUUUUACUUUUCUUAUCAUGCAAUAAUUCCUACGCUCUGCCCAAGGCGUAGUGAAUCAUUUGUAGGGCCAUGCAGU